GUGCAGCGUCAGCACGGCCUGAUUAUUAUUCAUGAGCUGAUCUAAGCAUUGUUGUCUAUUGUAAGUGUCCUGCUAUGGCGAUGCGUGUCUCAGGAUGAUCUCCGCGCGGAACAAAGACGAGAUUGUGCGAUUCUACACGGUCACCGACCCCACGACACACAAGAAAGGCUACACGGUGUAUAAAGUCACGGCCAGGAUUAUUUCACGGAAGAACCCAGAGGACAUUCAGGAGAUCACAGUGUGGAAAAGGUAUAGUGAUUUCAAAAAGCUUCAUCAAAACCUUUGGCAGAUACACAGAAACCUCUAUGGGCAGUCAGAGCUCUUCCCUCCCUUCGCAAAAGCUAAAGUCUUUGGUCGUUUUGAUGAGUCUGUGAUUGAAAAGAGAAGGCAGUGCUCAGAGGAUUUGUUGCAGUUCAGUGCUAAUAUUCCUGCUCUGUAUGGCAGCCAGUACAUGCAGGAUUUCUUUAAGGGUGGUGAGGUGCAAGACAGCUCUGAGCUCAUCGGCCCAGCCGAGCCCUUCUCUGAUUUCUUAGCUGACAGCCUCUUAGAUAGCAGCUCUGAAGCUCCUAAAGAUAUCAGCGUUGUGGAUGAUUUGAUGAUAGUGGCCAACCCAUGUGAACAUGAGCGUGGCAGCAGUGACAGUGAGCUGAAUUCUCUGGAGGUUGAUGGCGACACUCUGGCUGCAGUGGAUGAUGGAAUGGCAUCAGGCAGCAUCAGGCACACAGCAACACAAAGCAACUCGUCUCCGAUCCAACAGCCAGUGACGUCCCCAAGCCGGCUGGGAGUAGAGUCCAGCCAUAGCAGUGGGGCUUUGAGCUUCACCUCCAGCCUCAGGAACUACUCGGAGAAGGACUACCUGGAAGAGGCCAGUGAGCAGAUCGCUCUAGCUGUCCAGAAAGAAGUGGAGCAGGACUUUGCAGUGGCGUUUUCCUACUACCGUAGAGGUGUAGAUCUUCUGCUGCAGGGUGUACAAGGAGAGGUAAGUCCCAGCAGAAGGGAGGCUGUGAAGAGAAAGACAGCAGAAUAUCUGAUGCGUGCCGAGCUCAUUUCUGGACAGCUCAAAGACAGCAUGGGUCAGAGCUCCACUCAAAGCAGGGCAUUGGGCUCGCAAUGCUGUGGUGGCUUGUGGGCUGAGCAGACUCAUUCUGAUGAGCUGAAGCAUUACAGAGUGCUGGGCAUUAUUGAUAAGGGUUUAAGGAAAAGCAGUGCGUGUGGACGUGUUAAAAAGACUAUUGUGCCUUGUUCCGUGCCAAACAUGGUACAACUGGAGAAAUGCAUCAUCUCAGAGGACUCCAUCUUUCUUUUACUGCACUAUGCAGAGGGUGGUAAAUUGUGGUCUCAUAUCUGCAAGUAUCUGCGUGAGAACAGUCCAGAAGAAAGCUUCAACAUACCUUUCAUCCAGAAAGUUCACUCUACAGCGGUCCAUUCAACCCUGAACCCUGUGCACACCGGUUCCAGCAGUGUGGAUUCUCGGGGCCUAAGCCUCGGGGAGGAUCUCUCAACAGCCCAACUGCCAGACUCUGGUGCCACCUCUGAAGAGGAGUGCACCAACAGCUACUUGACGCUGUGCACGGAGUAUGAGCAGGAGAAGCUGGAGCCAGACGAGGACCGCUGCUCACUUGUUCCUGUGUUAACACAGAAACAUACAUGCUCAGUGUUGAACACUGAUAGUCUGUGCUCUCCAAUAUCGAUGCAGGAGCUGUGCUUCUUCACUGAGGAAGAGCAACUAGCCGGCUUUGUGGACCAAUGCACACAUUCACCUGACCAUCCGGACCAAUCAUCGCCAACGGAGCUCUUCCAGAGUGACAGGCAAGAAGCCUGCAAGCCAUCGUUUGCACCCUCAGAUGAUGGUUCAGAGCUCACAGAGGAGCCAGUGGAGAUGAUACAGGAAGUGUCGGAUCUCUGGAGGUCCGACAGUGAUCAAUCCUCGAACGAUCUGGUGCCGGUGAUUUCCUUUAAAGAGGCUGUACUGGAGGAUGCCACUGUCAGCUGUGCUGUUGAGGGACAACCGCCUGAUCUGUUGGUCAAUCUGCCAGUGCUUGAAGAUGGCACAGUGGACACGCAGGAUGAAGAGCUUAUUACUGGAGACAUCGCUUUUGCUGCAGUGGCCAAAACCUCUCCUACAUUUGGCAGGCCAGAUGUUCUACAGAGAGGAGAGAAAGAGGAGUUGGACCAGUCCAUUGAUGUGGCCACUUUUACUCUUCUACACAGACCAUCAAAAACACCUUUUAGAACAGACUCAUUGACUCUGUCUUCCCCUGAGCUCUCUGGCACGCUGGACGCAGCUGUUCCCAGAGCUCAGAUGGACUUUGUUGAACAUGAAGAAGUGGGCUUGAGGUCCAAAGGCACUAUAGAAGAACAGGAGGAUGAGGAAGUGUCGAAGUUGUUUCAAGAGCUGGAUAAGUUGGCCGCAGUUUCAUUAGACACACGCAUCCCAGAGGCUCUAGUGAGGAACUGGGCUGCUGACAUGGUUAUGGCUCUGGACGCUCUGCAUCAGGAAGGCAUUAUAUGCCGAGACCUGAACCCCAGCAACAUACUGCUAAACCACGCAGGCCGUGUGCAGCUCACCUAUUUUUGUAGCUGGAGUGAUGUAGAGGAGUCAUGUGAUCCUAUCGCCAUCUCUAAGAUGUACUGUGCGCCAGAAGUGGGCGGAAUCUGUGAAGAGACAUUAGCGUGUGAUUGGUGGAGUUUGGGAGCCCUUUUAUUUGAGCUCAUAGUAGGAAAGACUCUAUAUCAGUGUCAUCCUGCUGGCAUUGGAAGACACUCAUCCCUGAACAUCCCAGAGUUUGUGUCGGAGGAAGCACGCUCUCUGCUGGAACAGCUGUUACAGUAUAAUCCAGUGGAGCGGCUGGGUGCGGGAGUUGCUGGUGUGGAGGAUAUUAAGUCUCAUCCGUUCUUUUCUCAUGUGAACUGGACCAAGUAAACCAUUAGAUAGACUUGAAUGAGAUGAUCUAAAUUGACUGUUAAAUGUCCAUAUGUACAAAAACAUCAAAUGGUGCAGAACACAUGCUUAUUUCACACAGAUUCUUACCUACAAAUGGCCAAAGCUCAUUGUCAACUGUGAGGAAGUUACAAUGUGGCAUACAGGAAGUUUCUGUUUAUGUCAGGAGAAAUAUCAAUACAUGCAUAUAUCCUGUAUAAAACUGUAAAUAUGUGUGGGUGUUUAAUUUAUAGUGUUUACAAAAAGCAGCUGGCAAAUUUCACUGCAUGAACAUCUUUAGCAUGUGCUAGAAGGACAUGUACAGAGUGAUCCUGGUCAAUUGUUUCAUUGAAAUUUAUCACAGGCACUACAUAUUCUCUACUAACCCAUCUUAUGCUCGGUGUUAUUCAUUAAAUUUCUCUGUGUCAGUGGGCUUACAUUUUUUUUUUCACUUGAUGUGUUCGAUUCUCAAUGGUGGUUCACACUCUUUAAGAUAAUUGUAACUGCAGAAUCAAGUCACUUUUAUUUCUAUAUUGCUUUAUAUAAUAGAGAUUGUGUCAAAGCAGCUUCACAGAGAUAAACCGCAGGAUCGGUUAUGGAAACUCAACAAAGUUCAGAUUCUAUAAAAGAUGACAGUAUCAUAAUUUAGCUCAAGUCAGUUCAGAGCACAAAGAAAGGAAGAACUACUUUUAAAAGGUGCUUGUGCACCAGAUGAUCUGUGUAUGUCUGUUAAUAGUGUGAUUGAGUAAGGCAGAAAACAUACUGAGAAGUGAUGAGAGAGUUAAAGAGGGAGCACAAUAGGAAAUUAGUUGAACCAUGUGAUUAAAUAUAUCAGACUUGGAAUACAUAUAUUAGGAUUUUUCUAGUGUGCAAAGCUGAGUAAGCUUUUAGAACAAUUUGAUUGCUAGAUCAGAAUUUACUUGCAGUAGUAACAGGAUGAAGAAUUGCAAUUUGAAUCAAAAUGUAAUGAAGUCAUUUUGAAAAAA